GGAAGAGAGCAAGCUCUGCGAGAGCCUGCUCGAAAGAGCUGCCAUUCCUGCGCGGAAGCUGAGGACACAUACUUGCGGCUGCCCCGGGCGUCCUGCGUCGCUGCCCGUCGUUCAUUGGCCCCCAUAGCGCCACACAAGCUGCAGCCCUCAGCCCUGAGCAGGGUUAGCCCACCGCACACGACACGCAGCACGCCAUCGACGCGCGGAUAGCGCACACGUGCGAUGGAGGAAGCGCCGGCGAGGAAGAAGACCCGUCUCGUGGCGGUCGAACAAAAGCACACGAGCGUCGCCUGCUCCUGCGGCAAGGUGAGAGUUAUAUUCGUGCCCGCGAUCGGGUACGGCGAGGCCGCGACGAGUAAGUGGCGCAACGAGUGCUGCUGCGUCGACUGUUACCAGAAGGUCACUCGGUCGAAGGGCUUCAAUUCGCCUGCGGUGAAGAAGCGCGAGCAACCGGUCGAGAUCCUGUCCAACGCCGUGCCCCACGCCUCGUCGCCCCCCUGACGCCAUCGCCGCGACCGCCCGACGCCUCCGACGCAGGUACUUCAUGAACCGCAUGCACGUCACGGGGAAAGAACAUCUCAAAUUCAGCAAGCUGCGGGACGACGCGAUGACCAUCAACAUGACGGCAAAAUGCUGUGACACGCUGCUCUGCGGCCAGAGUACGCGCUACCACGGCAACGCCGUGUGCACAUGGCCCUGCGCCGCCCGGUUCAGCUCGCCGUUGAAACACGGCGGCGACCCCUUCGAUGUAACCCGUCUCCGGUGUUGGAUCGCGGACUGGCCAAAGGCAAAGUACGAAAAGUUAUGGUCCGCGGACAAGGUGCCGGGUUGGUUUAUGGUCCGCGACAAGGUCCAUUACCACGGCGCCGCGGCGCAGGAACUCUACGACCACUUCCGCCACUGCCUGCUCUUCGGCCCGGCCGAUGAGUGGCCGGGCGAGAGCUUCGAGGACCUCCUCGCUGCAACUCGCGGCGGCGAGGUCGAGUGCCUCAAUCUGCCGGAGGGCGCGGGCAGCUUCCGGAGCCCCUCGGUUGCCCCGAGGCACCUCCGAUAAGGUUAAAACAA